AUGGUGGGCAUUUUAGGUAUUUUAACUCGACAACUUAUCAAUUAUCAUUUUCGUAAUACGUUGGAAGGAAUGUGCGAUGGUGAGAGCGAUUACUGCAAAAAACUUUAUAAUUAUUUAUCCGAGAAUCUGGAUUGGAUUAGCCGUACUGUUAACAAGAAAACAGAUGCAGACAGCUACUGGAAACAAAUCUUGGUGGGCAUUUUAGGUAUUUUAACUCGACAACUUAUCAGUUAUCAUUUUCGUAAUACGUUAGAAGGAAUGUGCGAUGGUGAGAGGGAUUACUGCAAAAAACUUUAUAAUUAUUUAUCCGAGAAUCUGGAUUGGAUUAGCCGUACUGUUAACAAGAAAACAGAUGCAGACAGCUACUGGAAACAAGUGAGCCGAAUUUCUUUCAUAACUUUUCAUUUUUUUUGGAAAAAUCAUUGA